UUUUCAUUCUUUAAAAGAAACUUCAUUCAACACUCGCAAUGUCGGAUGAGUCGUAUGUACUCAUUGGAACACCAUUACCGCAGAUAAAAAAGACCGACAUAUAUGGUGAACCAAAAAAGCCAAACCCAACUAGGGAUCUAGAGGUGCGAGACGAACAAGGACGCAGGAGGUUCCAUGGCGCUUUCACAGGCGGAUUCUCAGCAGGUUAUUACAACACUGUGGGAUCGAAAGAAGGAUGGGCGCCAUCAGAAUUCGUGUCUUCCAGAGACAAGCGAUCGGAGAGGAAAAUCGCAAGACCUGAAGAUUUCAUGGAUGAAGAGGACAAGCAGAUGCUUUCGGAUUCUGCUCGCCUUGUGGCAACGAGCGACUUCGAUACCAUUGGGUCUUCCAGGCGUGAUCUGGAACACAAGCGCGCGACUGCAAGGCACAUGCAAGAGUCCGGAGGUAUACUAGGAGCCCUUCCAGAUACCUUAAUUGAUGAUCUGGUAGUUCCUAGCUCCGAGCCAGUAGGGAUUCGUCUCUUAAAACGGAUGGGAUGGAAGCCAGGACAGGGAAUUGGUCCGCGUGUUUCGAGGCGACAACGAAAACCAGAAGAUGGGCCUAUCUCAGAUGAAGAUAUUCCCACGAAUGUAUCAUUCGCUCCCAUAGAUUCUGCUAUUGUGAUCUUCACCAACAAAACUAAUCGCCAGGGGUUAGGUUAUGAUCCAUACAGGGAUGCACCAGAAUUUGAUAGGUCUUUGCAAUCAGAGAAAGAGUCAAAAUAUCUCUCUUCGCAAUCAGAAGGCAAAAAGGCUACCUUUGGGUUUGGGGCGUUUGAUGACGACGACGAUGAAGAUGAUGUGUAUGGAUCAGGACCUGGACCUUUGCGCUCGUUUGAUCUAGCCAUGGAUUUAGAGGAUAGACCUAGAUCUCGAAGGAAAAGUCUCGAUGAAUCAAAAAGGUUUCAGCCAGAAGGUUUGAGUUCAAUAUGCUGCAGCGAUGGGAGACGUCCUCUUCCCGGAUUUGUACUAGCAGCAGCCCCUUCCAAGCCUAUGAAGUGGUAUUCAGCUCCGAAAGUGCCUGAUGAUUUUGUUCCGCACCACAUUUUCCCCGAUGAUGUAAAACCCGUUCAACAGACCAAUAAGCACGAACAGCCCAAGCUUACUGCGGACGAUCGUGCAUUGAUUCUAGGGGAAACCCCUAUCGAUGCACCUCGUAGAUCUGUGUUUGAAUACAUGUCUGCUGAAAACAAGAGCCACUUGGAUAACAUUCUCGGUUUUGUUAUGGAUACAGAAGGUGACAAGCGCCUUAGAAAAGAUCAUUGGGAAGUACCUAAAAUCGAAAAGGCCGCAGCUGAAGCUGCAUUACGAGGCUUCAUACCUUUUGGCGACAACAUCCCAAAACAGAAUCGGUAUAAACAAUAUUUAAACAUACAAGCUGGGAUCUUGGACGAGAAAAUCGAAUUGGUUCCAGGAUUUUCAGCAGAGGAUAUGACUAAAGAACUGAACGAAUUUGUACAAGCGGCAAGGAUAUUCAAGCCUCUGUCAUCGUCAAUGGCUAACAGAUUCACAGCUGCCACUAAGGUGAUUGAGUUUGCACAGCCUACAGCUGGUCUGAGGUCUGCAGAAGAUAUCAAAGCCGCAGAAAGGUCAGGGGCUCAAAAGCCAGUUGUCGAGAAAAUAGAAGUUCCGAAAUCGCAAGCUGCAAGAGCUGCUGCAAUGGGUAUGUUUGGCCCAUUGACUCGUACGGUAGUUGAUUUCUAUCCGUCGAAACUACUGUGCAAAAGGCUCAAUGUCCCGAAUCCGCACCCAGAUCAUAAAGGUUUGGGUUCUGAGGCAGUCAAGGACCUUUUGGAUAAGAAGACCAUGGAGAGGAUGAUGAUGAACAGAAUCCCAGGCGAAGGCAUGGCUAUAGAGAAUAAAAGUACCAAAGAUCAGCAGCAGGACAUCGCUUCUGGAGAACAGGAAACGGAGGAGGCCAAACCUGAAAUGGAGCCCGAAGUUAUUCAGGAACGUCCUCCGAUGGAUAUCUUUAAAGCCAUCUUUGACGACUCAGGUUCAGAUACAGAUACAGAUUUAGAGGCUGAUGAUCCCGGAUUCAAUCAAGGUAAUACCACGGUUGAAGCGGCUGAGAAGGAAAAAAUACCAGAGCCGGCGUCAGAACAGGGACCUGGGGAGCCAUUCCGGCCCGUGUUCACGAGAAAAGCUGACAGAGCUGGUGGAUUGUCUGCAUCACUACCAACACGUAUAUCCCAGACUCGAUCAAGUAAGCCAGAUCUUUCUCAUUUGGACGAGGACGAAGAGGAUGCGGAUGAGAUUGGGCCUAAAUUAUCCAUAGCCAAACCAAAAACUACGGCUAGUAAGAGAACCACAUCUGAGACUGAUACUCGAGUUUCCAGUCAACAUGAAGUUGAGCAUACUGUUACUUCUGAAGCAGAUAGCUUAACUACAGAGGCGCUACGAAAUAAGCGCGAUCGCUCUGAAAGUCCAGAUGGUUUUAUUGGGCCACCAGCGCCAGAACUGUCACAGGCACAAGAGAAGCACACAAUAUUGGAUGAAUCAAGUGUAUCUUUUGGAUCAAAGGAGACUGAUUCUCAUUCCUUAAAGCGGCACAGAACAUUGUCACCCUCAUCUUCCCAUCGACCAUCCUCGUCUUAUAAGGAAGGAUCAUCCUCUCGGCACAAGUCAAGGUCAGAAAGAAGUCGUGAACAACUUUCCAACAGCUCCAAAACUCGACACCGGUCGACGUCAAGGUCUCGAAGAAAGAAAUCAAGACAUCAUGAUAACGCAGAAGACCACAACAGCGAGAGCUCUGACAGAGAUGAAUUGACAGACCAUGAAGACAAUACAGGUCGGAGGAGAAAGCACAAAGAAUCUUCAUCGUCCUCAAAAAGCAAGAGCAAAAGGCAUCGGGAGCAUAGGUCCCGUAGUAGAAGCAGAAGUCCAUCCAGUCGAUCACAUAAAGGAGAUAGAGAUAAGGACAGGGAAAGGGGUAAAGACAGAAUUCGAGAGUCAGAUAGAAGCAAGCGAUCGAAAUCAGGCAAAUAUAAGUCACGACAUCGUGAUAGGGCCGAAAAGGAUGAAGGUUCAGAUAUGGAGAGUCUUUGGGUGGAGAAGAAGGUUGAUAUUCCAAUUUCCGCGGAACAACUACCGCCUCCUCCUCCGUCCCGACCUCUCCAUCGUGUUCGUGCUUCUGAUUUCUUUUGAAUAUACUUUCCUCUUUGUAUAAAAUAAUAAUAAUAAAUAAACCAAUCAAUCGAUCGGUGGAC